AUGUUAGUAAAAUUAAUAAACCAAAAUGGUCAACAAUCCUUCUUUCCUGAACCAAAUCAUACUUUCAAUCAAGUAUCAAUAACAACAGAUGUCAGACCACCUCUUCAAACACUAACACAUACAUUCACAAAUAAUGGAAAUUACACCCUCAAACCAGACGAAAAUCAUUACGGACUAAAAGAGGUCAAUACAACAAUAAACGUACAACCUGCCCUACAAUCAAAAAACAUAUCAAUCCAAGAAAACACUACAACAACUUACACACCAGAUUCAAACUAUUCCGGUUUUUCAAAGAUUACAAUAACCACAAAUAUACCAGAAGAAACACAUAUAUUCAACAAACUAUAUUAUUCAAAUGGAAGUACAAUCUCUCCAAUCAACUAUCCCACUCUCAUAAUAGACCUUCCUACCAACACAGAAGAAUCCAGUUGGUCAGAACUCAACAUUCCCUACUCGGAAAAGACAACACUUGUAAGAUCGAAAUACACAACCAGACCAUUUUACAUAAAACCGCCAAAUUCCAUGGGUUACUUAACAUUAAAAUUCUCCAAUAGUGGGAAAAUAAUACCACAAUACUUAUACGACGACCAACUCUCCUUAGCAGCACAAGAAAAAGCAUUAAUAAUUCCACUCCAAGCCAUUUCAACAGCUAACAUAAACACCUUACUUUUAUUAAUGUUAAACGAUGAUGAUGACAUAACACAACAAAAAAAUUCAAUGACUAUAACCAUUGCAAAAAACGCGUACAGCAAUGCUCAUUUACCACCAUCACUUUUCUCAAAUCGAUGGAAAGCAUUAAAUAAGUGA